GCACGGAUCAUUCGUUCUAGCACCUCUUCUCGCUCUGUCUCAUUUGGAAUGCUGGGACGCUCUGUCUCCAUUCCUGCCACUCUAUCACGGCCUCAUAUUAGACCUGUCUCGGCUACUCUCUCUACCUGGUCCAAUGUCCCUAUGGGUCCUCCCGAUGCUAUUCUGGGAGUAACUGAGGCCUUCAAGGCAGAUACCAACCCCAAAAAAAUGAAUCUGGGUGUAGGCGCUUACCGUGACGACAGGAAUAUGCCAUAUGUGCUCCCCUCUGUUCUUCUGGCUGAUGAAAAAAUCUUUAAAAUAGCCAUGAAUAAAGAGUAUCUUGGAAUUUCCGGUGAUGCCGAGUUCAACCAACUAUCUGCCGAACUUGCUUAUGGAAAAGAUUGCAAGUCACUCAAGGAUGGCUUGAUCUCCACUGCUCAAUCCAUUUCUGGCACUGGUGCACUUCGUAUUGGAGGCAUUUUCCUUAGCCGCUAUUUUCAGGGUGCAGGUGGCAAAAAGAUUUACAUUCCCAACCCCAGCUGGGGAAACCAUACACCCAUAUUCAAGGACUCUGGUCUUGAAGUUGGUCAGUAUCGCUACUUUGACAAAUCCACAAAUGGUCUUGAUUUCAAGGGCAUGUGCGAAGAUCUCAACAAAAUCCCCAGCGGAUCUAUAGUUCUUUUUCAUGCCUGUGCGCACAAUCCCACAGGUGUCGAUCCUUCUCAGGAACAAUGGAUAGAACUUGGAAAGAUUGCCAAGGCCAAAAAUAUUACCCCUUUCUUUGACAUGGCUUAUCAAGGCUUUGCAUCCGGCGACACUAACGUAGAUGCUUUUGCCGUUCGCCACUUUGUUGCUCAAGGUCACAAGAUUCUGCUUGCUCAAUCCUUUUCCAAAAACAUGGGUCUCUAUGGUGAACGUGUUGGUCUUUUCUCUGUUAUUUCCGACUCUGCGGAAGAAGCCAAGCGUGUUGAUUCCCAAAUCAAAAUCAUCAUUCGUCCUCUUUAUUCUAAUCCACCUUUGAGUGGACCUCGUAUUGUCAAUGAGAUUCUCAAAAAUCCCAAACUCAGCAAGCAAUGGAGAGGCGAAGUCAAGGGAAUGGCAGAUCGUAUUAUUUCUAUGCGUGCUCAGCUUCGUGGACACCUUGAGGACACAUUUAAAUCCAAGCACUCGUGGGCUCACGUCACUUCUCAGAUUGGCAUGUUUUGUUUUUCUGGAAUGACACCCGAGCAAGUCGAUCGCAUUCGCAAGGACUACUCUGUGUACCUAACUCGUGAUGGUCGUAUCUCCAUUGCAGGCAUCACAAGUGGUAACGUUAAAUACCUUGCCGAGGCUAUUCAUGAGGUUACGAAAUAAAUCGAUAAACUCGACACUAUUGCCAGUUGACAAGAAUUGCAAUGUUUGGUGCUGCAUAUUGAUCUACAAUAAAAUCGAAUCAAACUGCA